AUGACAGCAACAAACGACAGCCGCAACUUUAUCGUUUCUGAUGAAAAAGUUAUUGAUUCAUUAGUUGAGGAAUUAGCUGAGGAAUUAGUUGUGGCAGAAACUAAAACCCUCAACGAAAGAAUUGGUGAAAACAAGGUUGAUUUACAUAACUACCUCAAACACGAUGGAGGAAGAGGAAGGAAAACUGGUAUGGCUUUAUUAGUAAAUAAAAUUUCAAAUUUAACGAUUAUAGAUGUUGAUAUCAAUAAAUCGUACAAUGAUGAACUUAAAGAAACGGUCAGAAAAGACAUUUUAUCAAAACUUUCGGAUAAAGAUGUUAUUGUUAAAACCGCUUCUGGAGGUCUUCACAUUUAUUGCAACACUAAUUUCUUCUAUGCAGUUUCGAACAGAAUGAUUAAAUGUUAUUCCUGCAAUGAUUAUGAUAUCGAUAUCAUGACUUCUAUUGAUGAUUCAAAACGUUCAUUAGUAGUUAUGGCUGAUUCAAGAGUUCGAAAGAAUGCAACAGAACCAAUCAGUACAUACUCAUUCAUUCGUGGAAGUUAUGAUUCAUCAUUAACUAGAACAGUGAAUGAUAUAUUAAAUGAUUUGAAUAUUAAGGUAAGAGUUGAACAGAAGAACGAAGAAAUAAAGAGUAUAAUGAAUGAAAACAAAGAUGUAAACAUUGACGAUAAACUUGCCCAGAGCAUAGUUGAUGGUAUCUGUGAUUUUGAAGUACAUAAUGACGGUGGAAACAUGAAUUUAGAAAAAGAAGUUACAUUAUUCACACUGUUUCAAGCUAUUAAUUCAUUACCCAAUCAUUUGAUUAAUGAAGCAUACGAUAACGUUUAUAACUUCUGCAGUUUAACAGAAAAUGCAAAAAGUAAUUUUGAAAAAGCACGUAAUAGAUAUGCACAUUUAAUGACUUCUCCAUUUGUUUUGGUGAAGAUUCUAAAACUAUAUCAAAAGGAAUAUUAUGAUGAAUAUGUUUUACCUUUAUUACGUAAGCCAAAAAUAACAUUUGACAUCAAACUUGAUGACUCGUUUUUGAUAACAGA